AUGGCAACCACCCGGACGGGCCAGCGUAAGCUGAAACGCACAUCAAAUGCAUGUGUCGCCUGCCGCCAAAGCAAGAUCAAAUGCACGGGCGAACAGCCCUGCGCCAACUGUCAGCGCCGCCGCGUAGACUGCCGCUUCCUCGAGACCGUCAGCAAAGUCAUGGUGCCUGAAAGGUACUUGCGGGAAUUGGAGAUGCAGAGGAAGACCGCGGCUGCGGCUGCAGUUAGCCAUGGUGACCGGCAGCGACAGCCUCAACCCCAACGUCAGCUAGAGAAGGAGCCGCACGCGCAGACGCACGUCCACGAGGGACGAACACGGCCGGCCGUAAAGAGGACGUCGACGUCAGCAUUUGGGUCCGAGGUCGGCGUUGAUCUGGAUCAGAUGCUGGAGAGCAACGGCAACACCUGCUCUGCAGACACCAUCGCCUCGCAGCCAGACGAGAUCCCCCCCGCCGUCGGCGCGGAGCGCACCAUAUGGACGAGCCCAUUCACGCUGCCGUCACGGAUUAUCAAGAAGAACCACAAGUCCAAGCGGAAUUGGACCUGGCUAGCUCCCACCUCCACCUGGUCCUUCACGACACGCCUCAAACUCAUGAUCGCGGAGAAACUCCAUAUCGAGUCGCAUUAUAGCACUCCCGAGCUCUUCGAUGGGGACCUCUACCCGAUCCAAUGGUCGCCGCUGCCCGUCGGCUCACACCCGGAUAUCAGCAACCUACCCUCAAUUGACCACGCCCUGUACCUCUUCAAUACUGUCAAGUUCCAUCUAGGCCAUAACUUCUGCCUUAUAAACGAAGAAGACUUCGUCCAGCAGAUGCACGCGUUCUAUUACGGAGACGCAGUCAAGCAGGUGAAAGAGUGCCGGCUCUGGUUCGUGCAGUUCCUACUUGUCCUUGCGUUUGCGAACGCGUUUCUGUUUCCCGGACACAAGAACCCGAACAAUGCGAAUGAUCCGCCGGGGUCAAAGUUCUUUAUCCGGGCGAUGAGCCUCAUGCCCGAUCAUACCAGCCUCUCCCGUGGAGGGUUUGUCGCGAUCGAGGUAUUGGCACUGACCGGGUUGUAUCUUUACUCGAUCGACCACCGGAGUUCGGCCCAUGUUUAUGUCGGACACGCCAUCCGCAUCGCGCAAAUGGACGGGAUGCACACGCAGCUGCCCGAGGACGAACUCGGGCUUGAAACGGUAGCCCGGUGCAGGAAUCUCUGGUGGACGCUUUACGUUCUUGAUAGGCAUAUUUCCUCGUCUGUUGGAGCGUCGAUGACGCCCGAGGAUAGCGAUAUCACCACGUUGCUGGAGCCGCUUACUGCUACUGCCUGCUCCCAGAGUGAUACCACGCUCAGUCUUUCCGUGCGGCUGUCCCAUUUGCUAUCAUACAUUCUCUCCUCUGACAGCUAUAAAGCCAUAUACAAAGCCACAGAGACCCAGCUAGGAACAUUUCUAGAGACAACCAGGUCGAUCCUUCAUGUGCUUGCCGGACACGCGCGUGAAAUUGAACAGAUAAUCCAGCUCAAGUUCCAGAAUUCGGUAGAUACCAUGCCAAAGGGAACGAGACACAUCACGCUUCUAUACCACCAGUGUGUGAUCGUCGCAACUCGACCUCUCCUCCUCUCCGUCCUCAAGGAGCGCCUCCAGAAGCUUAAUCACGGUGCGGAAGACUGGCAAAGUAUCGUUGCGCCAACCAACGCUCUCAUCUCAGCUGGGAUCAAGUCCGCCGCGAAGACAUUACAGAUUCUCACGGACGAAGACAGUUUGCUAGAAGUCUUCCUUCCCUUCGACAUGGAAUUCACCUACGCCGCGGCGCUGCAUAUAACGAUGGCCAGCGCACUCUUUCCAAACAUUACGGAAAGCCAGGACUACAUUGAUAUUCAAGAUGCCUACGCGAUUCUUGACCAGAUGGUCGUGCGGGGGAACCGGUUGGCGGGGGCACGCAAGUCUGAGCUCGUGCAGCUGGAAACCUUGUUCCGCGAAUUGUCUGCUAGGAUUGAACGGCGAGGAUUGGAGACGCUCAUCUUGCCCUGUCCAGCACAAUCUGACCAUGCAGAGUACUUUACUAGAAUGGAUGGCGGCGAGGAUGUGAAUGUCAGUGGAUUGGCUGGCGCUGCUGGUGCUGCUGAGGUGACUCCGUUGAGUAUGCCUGGGUCGCCAAAUCAGCUUGCAUGGAAACUAUGCUCGUCGGAAUACGGAUUUUCGAAGGGGCGGGUGCAAGUGGUAGACCUCGAUGGCCAUAAGAUGAGCGUGGUGCGGGCAGUGCAUCCGCAGUAUGUGGUGCAGCAUGAUACGGAUCUGGAGGAGGAUUUGGCGAGGCUGUUUGCGCGGGUGUUUGCGCCGUUUGGGAGGUGGCAGUCGCGGCGAAAGGCAAUGCAGCAGGGACUACAGGGCGCAGCAGAUGCAGUGACGGGGCUAGUGGCUUCGCUUCGGCUUCAACUACGCCUUUACACACACCUAUCCAAGCAAGCCGCCGAAAGCGGGAUGAAAGAGCCCCUAGCAAGUGAGAGAGUGCAUGAACUAGAUGUGCAGGUUGCAGAUUGGGAGCGCAGAUGCAGCGCUAAUGGUCCAAAUAAGGUAAGGAAUGCGGAUAGUCGUUGA